AUGAACCAGGAUUUGCUCCUGCUUCCGGCUGCACAAGGCAUCUACGGCAGCGGGUAUCUCCUCGACCGAAUACAGAGCGCAUCAAUCUUGUCAAUCUCCGUGCUCCAGGGAUCGUCCAUCGGUGGCGGAUUGCUGUUGGGCCUGGCCACGGACCAUCGUAUCGCCACGCGCUCCGCAACUUUCCGGCUGGGCGUCGCGCCGUAUGGCCUCAGCCCGGUAGUAAUGGCAACAGCUGUACUCCCCAAACUUGUCGGGCACAAUGUUGCAACGCGAAUGUACGUGGAAGACUUGUCCUUAGACGCCCAGGACGCCAUGGCAUCUGGAAUCGUGAGCGGUCUAUCGCAGAGUACUCAUCACGCAAGGAUGCGGGCCUCUUGA